CCGUCCAGGACUUGGCAGGUAUGCUUCCCGCCCUAUUUCCACAUUUGACAUCACAUAUCCUUUUCUUGAAAGCCUACAUUCCCUGUGCUCAGGUGUGAGUGCCAUUGCUUGUGUAGCCCUCAAUGCACAAGAGAGAAGCAGUCCCAAGAUCAGAAGAAGAAGAAGUAGAAACUUUAGGGGGAAAGUAUAAGGGGGUGAGACCCCUUCAAACAACCCAGUCAUGACUGAGCAUGCUCGGUGGUUGUGGAAUGCUCCCAUGUCUAUUUGCAGGGUGGGGCAGGUGGAGAGAAGAGAGUUGGAGUAUCAUAGAAAAGGUCAUGAGUGGGAUGCUGAACAGAAGCAUUCCACCUGGCAACAUUUUUGUUGCAGGUCCCACUCGCCCUUCCUCCAUUCUGCAGUGUCUUCACUUAUUGGUUAGAAUGCUAUGCUUGAUGUCACUCCAUUAACAGACUUUUCCUGAUUCAAGCAUUCACCCCCAGUGGGUUAUAUCUAACUGAAUUCUGCUCUGAGUAGCCCCAUUGAAAUGAAUGGACUGAAGUUAGUCCUGGCCUUUAAUUUCAGGAGGUCUACUCUGAGUAGAAUUCACAUUAGAUCCAACCCAGCAGUUCUUCUCCCCUCGUAAGGCCGUGUGCCCUUUGACCUUCAACACACUUUCCUCAAGCUCUGCUGCUCUUUAGUGACAAACAUAGAGCAAGCACAGCAAGAGCAGCCAUUCCUUCCUAUAAUGCUCAUCUGUGCUCUUUCAUUUCUGGAGAGAGAGAGGGGGGAAAGGAGCAUAGCUUUGUGGCGGAGCCAAGUGGGACCCAAGUGAUUUUGGGCAAUGCCUGGACUUGAGGAAGACCCCUGCUAGAGAAUGCUGUGGGAGCCUUUGGCAGAGCACACCAUCCUGGACCAGUACAGACUUGAAGCCAAACUAGACAAGACGGCAGAUGAGAGAGGUGAAGGUGAAGGUGAAGAUGUAUUAAGGGAAGAGUUGUAGCCCAGUGGUAGAGCAUUUGCCUUGCAUGCAGAAGGUCCCAAGUUCAAUCCCUGGUAUCUCCAGGUAGGACUGGGAGAGACCCUCACUGGAAAGCCUGGAGUGUAGACAAAACUGAGCAAGAUGAUUCAGUACAAGGCAGCUUCCUAUGUUUUCAAGAAGAAUUGGGUGUGGGUGGGUGUUUUUAACCCUUUCCUGCCUGUGCUCUUUGUGAAAAUGGGUCCUUCCCCUAGCUUAUUAUUAGGGGAAGCGUACAUUCACACCUACUAACAUUGGUCUGAAACAGUUUCAUAUGUGCCUCUGCUUCCAUUUGACCAUUUCACUUUGCUGGUCCUUCCUGCUUUAGCUGAGCGCCUGCCUCCUAACUUGCAUGGAAUGUGUGAGACAGGCAAGCCACAGAAAAAUGUGGAGCAAGCUGCUUCCCUCUUUUAUUGCAGGACAAGUAGUAUAGAUAUAUCUUCCUCAGCCCAUCCCAUGUGUAAACAAGCCAGAAUCUUCUUUAAUCUUCCAUAGUGUUUUCCCACCCCCCCUUCCUUUUGUCCCCUCCUUUGUUGUAUCGGUGCCACCUACACCCACGUACAAAUCGCCUGGUGUUGACAUCCUGGCAGCUCUUCAAUUUAUUCUUGUGCUGCAGCCCAGAGCAGUUUCAAUGACGCCAAAAAGCAUAAGCCCUGGAGGAGAGCAGCUACCUCUGUGACUCGCAUCUCAGCGGACCAAGAACAGCUGGGCAGAGAACUGUCUGAAAAGCUCAGAAGGUGCUGAAGAAACCUUGAAAUGGAGAUGACUCCCUCAAACAAGGACCCAAAUGGACUAGACAACCCCAUAUUUAUAACUGAUGAUGGAGGGCAUUACUGCAACUUCCCUGAAGCUGGUGCCACUGUUCCAGAGUGUGAAGAAAGGCAGAAAGGCCAUGGCAAAGACUCCAGCCGUCUCGCUUACACCGUCACAGAUAUCCCCCCUUGGUACCUCUGCAUCUUCUUGGGAAUUCAGCACUAUCUCACUGCUCUUGGAGGUCUUGUUGCUAUCCCUCUCAUCCUGUCCAAAUCUCUUUGCUUGGAGCAUGAUACCCUGACACAGAGUCACCUGAUCAGCACCAUCUUCUUCGUCUCAGGAAUCUGUACCCUUCUUCAAGUCAUCUUUGGAGUCAGGCUACCUAUUCUGCAAGGUGGGACUUUUGCCUUCUUAACUCCAACGCUGGCCAUGCUCUCUCUCCCCAAAUGGAAGUGCCCAGCGUGGACCCAAAAUUCCAGCUCAUUGGAUACUUCUUCUCCAGACUUUGUUGAGAUCUGGCAAGAACGAAUGCGAGAGUUGCAGGGAGCAAUCAUGGUAGCUUCCUGCUUCCAAAUCUUUAUUGGUUUUUCUGGUCUCAUUGGAUUUCUGUUGAGGUUCAUUGGCCCUUUGACAAUUGCCCCAACCAUUUCCUUGGUGGCGCUGCCUCUCUUUGUCUCUGCAGGAGAAGAGGCAGGACAACACUGGGGUAUAGCAGCUGUAACCAUGUUUCUCAUAGUUCUGUUCUCUCAGUACCUGAAAAGUGUUCCUGUCCCAGUGCCAUCUUACAGCACAAGCAAGAGAUGCCAUUUCUCCAAGGUCUACCUCUUCCAGAUUUUCCCUGUGCUGUUUGGCCUUACACUUACUUGGCUUCUCUGUUUUAUACUUACCAUCACCAAUGUGUUCCCUUCGGACCCACUUGCUUAUGGCUACAAAGCCCGGACUGACAGCAAAGGGGAUGCUCUUUCACAGGCACCCUGGUUUCGGUUUCCUUACCCAGGUCAAUGGGGAGUUCCAACCAUUAGCUUGGCUGGGAUAUUUGGCAUCAUAGCUGGAGUGAUCUCCUCCAUGGUGGAGUCAGUAGGCGAUUACUAUGCCUGUGCUCGUUUAUCUGGUGCUCCACCUCCUCCCAAGCAUGCAAUCAACCGUGGAAUCGGAGUGGAGGGGAUUGGCUGCCUUCUGGCGGGAGCCUGGGGAACAGGAAAUGGCACCACUUCAUACAGUGAAAACGUGGGUGCUUUGGGCAUCACUCGGGUCGGGAGUAGAAUGGUCAUUGUGGCUGGCGGCUGCGUUAUGCUUUUGACUGGCAUGUUUGGCAAAGUUGGAGCUAUAUUUGCCAGCAUUCCAACUCCCAUCAUUGGAGGAAUGUUUUUUGUGAUGUUUGGCAUCAUCACGGCUGUGGGAGUUUCCAAUUUACAGUAUACAGAUAUGAACUCUUCAAGAAACCUUUUCAUUUUUGGAUUUUCUAUAUUUGCGGGUCUGACGGUUCCAUUCUGGGUGCAGAAGAAUUCAGAAGUAGUGGAAACAGGAAUUCAACAACUGGACCAAGUAAUCAAUGUGCUGCUCACCACAGGCAUGUUUGUUGGGGGAUUCCUGGGCUUUAUCCUCGAUAACACUAUUCCAGGGAGCUUGGAAGAGCGGGGACUCCUGGCAUGGAAAGAGGGUUAUAAGGAGGAAUCUGACGAUACUGUGAACACCUCAGACAUCUAUGAUCUACCCUUUGGAAUAGGUUCUAAGUUCUGUGCUGCUGACUGGUUCCAGUAUCUCCCAACGUGCCCAAAGCGGCCAGCUAGAAACAAUGCAAAGGAACGCAAUAAUUCACAGGAGAACAAAAGCAAAUUUAAUUCGGAAAAGGACACAGAAAUAAACAUCGACACAAGAAUAUAAGACUGCAUCAGUAAACAAACUUGACUUGCUAAGCCAUUGAAGCAACAGCUUCCUUUUUUCUGGUUUCUUAUCAAUGAGAUUGUGGCUGCAGCAAGAGACUAAGUUUCGGCAAACAACUCCAUAAUUUGCCAUCAACGCAAACUGGCCAUGUGUGCCAAUUUCUCUGCUGCGAGAAUACAGUACCAGUUUGAGGGAUAGCCUGGCUAGGGAGCCCAGCAGCACCCAAGACAAUAAUUUGUUUUCCUUUCUACCGUGGGAAACUGUUUUCCUGAAAAUUGAAUCUGUGGUUCUUGAGUUUCUGAGUAACUAGACAAGCUAGUUCCAAGGAGCAAAGCUGCUGUCCUAGGCUUCCUUAAAUCCAGCCUGUUUUUGUCUCUGAUCACGUGCAGUUGGCCAAACUGCUUAAUAUGUGUGUCACAAUACUUUGUUGCUCCCACACCUUUUAGUCUUCGGCUUUGUCCAUAAGUAUGGGGAACCUGUGGGCCCUCAAAUGUUGUUGGACUCCAUUAGCCUUAGCUCAACAUGGCCAGUGGUCAGUAACGUCAGGAGUUGUAGUUCAACAACACCUGUGUUGUUUGCUACAACAGGCUCCUGAAUUAAACUGGGGCUUCCAAAGUCUAUAAAAUAGUUCUAAGCUGCUUUUAGGCUUUCAUGGAAAUCAGUAUCUGUGAGAAGCCACACAGAACAAGAUAUGCUUGAUCUUGGUUAUAUUCACAAGAUGUUGUACUUUGUAUUUUAAAUCUACCCUAAAGGAAGGAUUCAAUAAACUUACCUCGGGGAUGGACUCUUGAUCAUCUUCCUGUGUGUAUGUAACAAGAGACCUCUUAGGUUUACUUGUUGGCAUUAUCCCAAAGUGCCUUCUGUCUAAGAUACACAAAGCUUUAAUUGUGGUAGACUAAGACUAGGGCAUUCACAUUCACCUUUUUUUUGGGGGGGGGACUUUUGGAAGGCCUAGUCUCAUUCUGGUGACUACUGGGAUGACGCUCCUAUACAGUGUUGAUGCCCAAAUAAAACUCUGUGCCUCUGCCAAAUUCUGAGGGCCGUUCUCUAUUUCCGUUUUUGUAUUCAUAGAAAUUCUCCUUGCUCAAAAUAUGCCCCAAAUACGUAUCUAGUAUUUUUAGGUCAGACAGGAUGAAUUUCCUUUACACUUGUGUGUUGUCUCUUUCCAUUUCUGCCAGUCUGUUCAUACUACAGAGCUCUUUCACCGUUGCCUCCUAUCUGUUGACAGCUCUGUUUCCACUUUGCUGAUCCUUCCUCAAUAUCUCCCCAUGUCCAGGUUUUCACAAUCCCACCUACACUCACUUCGUAUUUACCUGAAAACACUGUGCAUUUUACUGGGCAGGAGCUGUACACAAAUUAUCCUACUGCACGUGAGCCGCAGACAAAAGUAUUUUAAUUGCUCUUUUGACAAAAGAGUCUGUUUGGCUGUGAUUAGUCACAAGGCUGCACUGUGCGUGCCCCAUUCUUCUCCCACUGUGUGGUGGUGUCUGAUAAGCGAUAAGAUGGGCAUGGGUUGUGACCGAGUAAGUUUCCUGCCUACCAUUCUAUCCUUUGCUCUUACAUGGGUGUUUUUAUGUGGUUUCUCAGUAUCAGCCACUUAAGAUGUCCUACACAAGGUCUUACAUAAGAUUGUAUUUGUAAUGAUAUCAUAUACAUUUGCUUGUUCUGUGAACAUGAACUCUUGUUCUAUUCUUGGGAAGCUAGGACUCAAGCCAUCAUCUCUCCUAAGAUGGCAUCUGCUGUGCACAUUAUCUAAAUUUUGAAGACAAGCAUUUUUCUUCAAAAUGAUUAUUUUAUCCUCAUCCUAGUGUGUGCAGAUUUAACCAACCAUGCAAUUAGGAGAUUAAAACUUAAUUGGGCAACACUUUUUACCACUUCAAACCACUUUUUGUAUACAACACUGUGGGUGAUGGGUUAACCCUGCAUUAACAAGCUCUGUUGUUGUUUAGUCGUUUCGUCGUGUCCAACUCUUCGUGACCCCAUGGACCUUAGCACGCCAGGCACUCCUGUCUUCCACUGCCUCCCGCAGUUUGGUCAGACGCAUGUUGGUAGCUUCAAGAACACUGUCCAACCAUCUCGUCCUCUGUUGUCCCCUUCUCCUUGUGACCUCAAUCUUUCCCAACAUCAGAGUCUUUUCCAGAGAGUCUUCUCUUCUCAAGAGGUAGCCAAAGUAUUGGAGCCUCAGCUUCAGGAUCUGUCCUUUUAGUGAGCACUCAGGGCUGAUUUCCUUCAGAAUGGAUAGGUUUGAUCUUCUUGCAGUCUAUGGGACUCUCAAGAGUCUCCUCCAGCACCAAAAUUCAAAAGCAUCAAUUCUUCGGUGAUCAGCCUUCUUUAUGGUCCAGCUCUCACUUCCAUACAUCACUACUGGGAAAACCAUAGCUUUAAAUAUACGGACCUUUGUCGGCAAGGUGAUGUCUCUGCUUUUUAAGAUGCUGUCUAGGUUUGUCAUUGCUUUUCUCCCAAGAAGCAGGCGUCUUUUAAUUUCAUGACUGCUGUCACCAUCUGCAGUGAUCAUGGAACCCAAGAAAGUAAUAUCUCUCACUGCCUCCAUUUCUUCCCCUUCUGUUUGCCAGGUGAUGGGACCAGUGGCCACGAUCUUGGUUUUUUUAUGUUGAGCUUCAGACCAUAUUUUGCACUCUCCUCUUUUUACCCUCAUUAAAAGGUUCUUUAAUUCCUCCUCGCUUUCUGCCAUCAAGGUUGCGUCAUCUGCAUAUCUGAGGUUAUUGAUAUUUCUUCCGGCAAUCUUAAUUCCAGUUUGGGAUUCAUCAUCCAUGAAGGGGAACAAGCUCUACCCCACCCAAUUUGUGUGCUUUUAAUUUCACCUUCUCAAUGUGCCAUUAAAACAGAUUAUCCUAUAUUGUGGAUUUGACAAUCUUGUAUGAAAAAAAUGCUGUACACAAGCAAACUCUGUACUGAAAAAUAAAUAAAUCAUG